AUGGCUGAACUAAAUCCGCCGGACAAAAAUGACGAACGCCGGCAGCGGUCGGAUCACUUCGAAGAGGACAUUGAUGACCUCAUGUCAAAAAUUAGUGUUGACUUUCUCCUGGACUUAACCCAUGCUUUCUUUACCAAUCGUGAUACUCUGGCUUUCGGUCAAGCUGAAACCAUUGAUCCAUUUCUCCAAAAAUAUGAGAAAAUCAAGCAGAUGAUCGUCAACAGUCGUCCUAAACCCGACGAUUUUCAAAUCCUUAAAACCAUUGGAUCAGGCGGUCACUUCAGCGAGGUGAAACUGGUCCGCCGAAAGCACACCAAAAAGGUCUACGCUAUGAAGAUUCUUCCAAAAACUAAAAUGCUUAAAAAUACAAGUCAAGCCUGUUUCUGGGAAGAGCGCGCCAUCGGCGUUUCCGCCAAGUCGGAGUGGAUUGUGAAGACCAACUACGCAUUUCAAGACAUUAAGAACCUCUACCUGGUAAUGGACUUCAUGCCGGGCGGAGACCUUGUCACUCUCAUUGACAAGAAUGGGACCUUUUCGGAGAAGUGUACCAAGUUUUACACCGCCGAGGUGAUCCUCGCCCUGGACGCCCUCCACAGCAUGGGCUUCCUCCACCGGGACAUCAAACCGGACAACAUGCUGCUGGACCACCAGGGUCACAUCAAGCUAACUGACUUUGGCGUCAGUGCGCGCAUGGACGAUCAGGGACUGGUCCACGAGGAGGCCGUAGUCGGCACCGAAGGAUACAUCUCUCCUGAAGUGCUCAACGCAAAGGAGACCAAGAAAGGCUACGGACGAGAGGUGUAA